CAUCCCUUCAUUGUUCUGCCAUUAAAGAGGAAAGUCAUGGAGAUCUUCAGCAGGAAUGGCUUAUUGAUCAUUCUGCUACUCUUUGUAUCUGGUGCUGUACAAACCUACGGAGAAACAAAGACCUGCCCCAGCAAAAAGAGCCCAUGCUUUCUCAAAAAGAUGAAGUGCCCAGCUGAAUGCCCAACAUCAUCAUCAAAAGACCCCAAAGCAAAAGUUUGCAUUGUCAACUGUGAUUCACCCAUAUGCAAAGCACAGUGCAAAAAGCGCAAACCAAACUGCAAUGCCCCCGGAUCAGGAUGUUAUGAUCCCCGCUUCAUUGGUGGAGACGGCAUCGUUUUCUACUUCCACGGCAAGAGCAACGAGCAUUUCAGCUUAGUUUCCGAUCUCAACCUUCAAAUCAAUGCCCGCUUCAUCGGCCUCCGGCCAGCAGGCCGAACCAGGGACUACACUUGGAUUCAAGCUCUCGGCGUUCUCUUUGACUCCAACACUUUCUCCCUCGAGGCUGCGACAGCAGCGACAUGGGAUGAUGAAGUUGACCAUUUGAAAUUCUCUUACAAUGGGAAUGAGUUAACCAUACCAGAAGGCCAUCGCUCUGUAUGGAGAAGCCCUGAAAACGACAUUAGAGUGGAGAGAACAUCGGAAAAGAAUAGCUUGACGGUCAUUCUCCCAGAGAUGGCAGAGAUAUCAAUCAAUGUUGUGCCCGUGACCAAGGAAGAUGACAGAAUCCACAACUAUCAGAUUCCUUCAGAUGACUGUUUUGCUCACUUGGAGGUGCAAUUCAGAUUCUACGGCCUAUCCUCGAAAGUUGAAGGAGUGCUUGGCAGGUCUUACCAGCCGGAUUUCGUGAAUCCGGCCAAGCCAGGGGUGGCAAUGCCAGUCGUGGGAGGCGAGGACCGGUACAGAACCACAUCACUUCUCUCAGCAGAUUGCAGCUCUUGUAUUUUCUCUCCAGCUGGAGUUUUGAACCAAAAGGACUCAUUGGUGAUGGAAUAUAGCAUGCUAGACUGCACCGGUGGAUCCACCAGUGGAAAUGGAAUAGUUUGCAGGAAGUAAGUGUGCAAUUUGGUUACAUAUUCGAACAAGAGUAAUGCUACAAACAAACGCUAUUUAUUUUUAUCUCAUAAUAUUGACGUUAUUAUUUUAAUUAAUUAUUAAAUUUUUUUUUAACAUAAGCUAAUCAAAAUGGUUAGUUGAAAUUACUAUGUCAAUAUAAUUGUAAAAUAACCAUAAAAUAAAAAUAUGGUUUUAACUUUAUUUAUUGGAAUAAUAUGUUCCGUUUCUUCGACGAGUAAUAUCAUAAACCGCACAACUAUCUCACCUUAUUAACGGUUGAGAAAAAAAAAAUCAAAAACUACUAAAUCCUCUCACAUUAGCAUAAAGAAAUAAUUAUGAGAUAGUAGAGUGUAUUAUUAUUAUAGCAUUUCUCUUCUUUGAUUAUCUGCUGGCCGGAGGUUUGCUAAAGGAAUGUGAUGAGGUGGAUUUGUCCUCCGAGGAAUGUAUAUCCCGCUUUCUUACUUUCUUUUUUGUCU